GUCGCCAAUGGCCGUUUCCCAGGUUCACCAGCCACGUUGUUCCGAGAGAUCGAGGUUGCUAAUGCUCCAGCUCGAUCAACAGCUAUAAAAUACUGCUCGCAUAUUAGCUCUGCUUCAGAACUGCAAACUGAAAUCCCAGCAUUGAGUCCUGAGUCACCUGCGUUUGCUUGCGCGCCAAUUAUCUCGAUCACCUAGACAAGGCUAUUCCACUGUUUCUGAUCACACACAGUACUUCGUUGUUCACCAGACCACAGGUCUACAUCUGCUCCGUGCUUCGGUUGGCAAACCUCCCGAAGGAUCGAUGGCAACCGCGGGUGCAGCAACGCUGUCCGUCCCUGCUUCCGGCAUCAGGUACCGGCCGACGUUUGCCGCUCAGGCGAUCAGGACCGCCCGACGUCCCGCCACCUCCAUGAAGCAACUCACGUCGUCGGGCGGCGCGAGGCUCUCGGCGAGGUUCAGGGCGGCGGCGACCGCGCACAAGGUGAAGCUCGUCGGGCCGGACGGCGAGGAGACGGAGCUGGAGGUGCCCGAGGACGCCUACAUCCUGGAGGCGGCGGAGGAGGCCGGCGUGGAGCUGCCCUUCUCGUGCCGGGCGGGGUCGUGCUCGACGUGCGCCGGGAAGCUGGCGUCCGGCGAGGUGGACCAGUCGGAGGGGUCGUUCCUGGACGACGCGCAGAUGGCCGAAGGGUACGUGCUCACCUGCAUCGCACACCCCAAGGCGGACUGCGUCAUCUACACCCACAAGGAAGAGGAGGUCCACUAGACUAUGGUCACACCAGAUCAGAUCGCGCCACCGCUCCAGAGUAGUCGUGUCGUGUCCCUGUCUUCUAUAUGGUGCUCUGAUUUUCAGUCGCGCCACCCGAACGGUGUUGAAUUAAAUAUUUGAGGCGCCUUCGCCUCGUGCCCGUGCUUUGGAUGCGUCUCUCAACCACGUCCCUCAAUCUUUCUUUUACAUUAAAAUAUUUUUUU